AUGUUUGAAGGUCUUAUUUAGAAAGUAUUGUUAGCAAUAUUUGGACGAUUUAUAGAUGGACUUGACAAGAAACAAAUAAAUUUGUCUUUUUUGAAAGGCAAUUUGGUUAUUGAAAAUGUUUCAAUAAAGAAAGAGGCUCUUGAAGCUUUACAAUUGCCAAUUGAAUUAGUCUAUAGUUCAAUACAGAGAAUUGAAAUAAACCUUCCUUGGAACAAAUUGACCACAUAGAGAACUGAAAUAAAAAUUCACAGUGUUUUUUUAUUGGUCACAACUGUUUCUGAGGAUAUGUGGGGAUUGGAAGAGAUUAAUUCUUAUAAGCCAAAAGCAGCUCAAGUAAGAGCUUACAUAAAGAAAGUUAUGGAUGAAGAAAUCAGAAAGUAAGAGACUACAACAGAUAAUCAGGAGCGUGAUUAAAAAGAGGCAGGUUUUUUUUAAAAAUAAAUAACAAGAAUAGUUGAUAAUCUUUAUAUUUCAAUAUCUGAUGUGCAUUUUCGUUAUGAACAUUGUAUUAGUAAACAUUCAUUUUCAUGGGGCAUUACUAUUAAUCAUAUAACAUAAUAGACAGUAGAUUCUGAAUGGAAAAUUUCAUAGACAUCAAAUCCCUAUAUUCAUGAACGUAAAGAUUUGUCUUUUGUGAAUAAAUAAAUAUAAUUAUCUAAAUUAGCUAUGUAUUGGAAUUCAGAUGAUCAUUAUUUAAUUUUAAGUAACAUUAUCAAAACAUAGCAGGAUAAAAUUUAUGAAGUUUAAAAAGUCAUUAAAAAAAUAGAUCCUGAUAAAAUUGAUUUAGAUCUUAAAUAAAGAACAGUUUAUUAAAUUGAUGAAAAAAUGUAAGCUAGAAUUCAAUCCAGAUUAUAAUAAGAAUUAGUAUAUGAACCCGAUAAUUUGACUAUGGGAAUCAAAACCUCUAAAUCUUCUAAAUAUAUAUUCUGUCUUAAUGCAGUAGCUAAUGUUGUUUAAACUUAUUAGCAUUUUAGAAAAGUUCCUGAAUACAAAAUUAAAGUUGAAUUACAGGAAAUGGAUUUCAAAAUUAAACAUACUUAAUAUAAAGAAAUCUUAAAACUUGUAUCUAUCUUCAAUCUCUAUCAAUACAGUGUAAAAUAAAAAAUGGAUUAGUAUCUUACUACUAUUAUGAGACCUUAACCAUAAGAUUUUUUAAAAAUGGAAAAUAAUUCUCUCUAUCUCAGAUCUUUAUUUUAAUAUCUUGUUAAGGCAUAAAUUCUUGAAAUUAGAAGGAAAAGAUUUCUUGAAUUUGAAAUGAAUGCACUCUAAAGAAAAACAACACCUUCAGCUUUGUUAAAAUCUUAAUAAAGAGAAUUAAGAUAGUACUAAUAAAUUGUGAUAAAGACUUCAAUAUCAACAUUAUAAAUGUGGGCCAAAUAAGCUUUAGAGAUAUAUGAGAGAGCGAAAGAACACCAUUAAAUUGAACAAGCAUUUAAAAAAGAGAUUGAAAAAGCUUAUAAACCAUCAGCUUUUAUGGAUGAAGAAACAUAUGUUUAUUUAGAGUUUAGAUUGUCAAUAGUUAAAGGUAGUUUAAAAUUGCUAAGAAAACAUAAGAAUUUGGAAGAAGGCUUCACAUUAUUAUGGAAGAAUUUUGAUUUCAAUUUAUAAAAACGAAGAAAUAAUUUUGAAUUGGAAUAAAUUAUUUAAGAUAUGGAAGUUUAAAUGUUCAGUGUUGAAGAAAAGAAUGAUAUCAUUGUACCAAUAGUAAAGAAAAUAAAAAGUUAUGAUAUUUAAGAGAAACCACUAAUUUAUUUCAAAUUAGAAAAACAUCCUUUAUCUAGACCCAAUUAUUUUACAAGUAUUUACUUGGAUGUUUAAAAGAUUGAAUUUAUGGUAUUUGUGGCAUCUUUGCAAAGAGUAAUAGCAUAUUUUAGAAUGCCUCCUUAAGAUGAUAGAUAGUAAGAAGGUAAGGUGAAAGAGAAUAUAAAUAAAAAUAAGAAAGAGUAGAAAGAGAAAAAAGAAGAUCCUGAUUCAGAAAAGAAAAUAGAAACGUAAACAAAAAAUUACAUAAAUAUUACAAUUUAAUCACCAAUUGUUAUCAUUCCAAAUUAACAGAUAAAUGAUUUAUAUUCAGAUUGUUGGGUAUUAAAGUUAGGAGAUUUAGAAAUAAUUACUGUAGAUGAUAGACAAGUUCCAGGUUUUAUUAAAUUGGGUUCUGAUCAUUACAAAAGAUUAGGUGUAAGUGGAGAAAGUGUAGGAAAAUCAAGAAUUGUAGAAUAACCUUUAUUAACAGUUCACAAUGAGAAAAAUUAAUUAGUUAGUUAAUUUAAUUUUGCAAAUGUUAAUUCAAUUAAUCCUUUAGAGAAAUCAACUUCAUUAUAGUAAUUGUAAUAACCAUAAUAAUUUAAUUAAUAGUAAAUACAUCAUAAAAAACAUCAUAAAUCUUAGAAUUAUGAUAAUUAUGUGAUGAAAUUAAAAUCAGUUUAAUUAUAAUAUUUUUCAUCAAUUCAUUACUUUUAUAAUUAUUAAAAAUUGAGUUAAACUUAAAGAGGAUAGGAAAUAUUGAAUAACACUUUGAGGAUGAGAUCAAAAAAAUAUGAUGUAUUAGAAGAUUUUUCAAUGGAGUUAAAUUUAUAUUUUAAAAAAAGUUCAUAAGCAAAUCUUCCUCAAACUAAGAUAAACUUUGAAUUGCCAUCUUUGACAGCUUCAAUAAAUCCAGAGGUACCAUAUACAUUUUAAAAAUUAAUGUAAACCAUAAAUGAUUUAAGUGCCGAUCAAUCUUUGAGUAGUAUAUUACAAUAAGAGAAAUCUAAAUUAAUAAAAUAUAGUUCAUGUAAAGGAAUUCUAAGAAAAAGAGGCAAAUUUCUUAGAUCUUGGUCUUCUUAUUAUGCUGUAUUAUCUGGAUGGUAUAUAUACUUAUAUCAGAAUGAGAGUGAUAUAGAUUAUAAUCAAUAUGUUGGAUUAAGAGAUGUAGUUGUUUCUGAAGCAUAAUAAGAUAUUGGAGUAUUAAAUUCAUUCAAGAUUAAAUCCAAAAAAGAAAUUAUGUAUUUCUAAGCAAAAACUCUAUAAGAAAAGAAUAGAUGGUUUAAAUUUAUCUAAUAGAAAAUUCAUGAUAUUAAAACAAAAACAACUAAUCUUAAAAUUGUAUAAGAUAAUACAGUACCUUAAUAAAAUGAUAAGGGAAAAAAAGACUUUGAAUAAACUGUCAAACAAAUGCCUAAAUAAAAUAAUGAAUUGUUAACUAAAUAUAGAUUUCAAAUUAAAAGGUUUUAAAUAGAAUUAAAAUAUAAUUAAUAAUCAGAAAUCUUAAUAACUUUUGAUUAAAUCAAAUUAUUGAGUCUUUCAGGAACGAAUGAUAAUUAUUAAGAAUUUACUAUUAAUUCAAUAUCAAUUGAAGAUCAUGGAUAAUCUAUACUAAGAUCAAUUCAUUACUCUUAACCUAAUACUCCAAAUAUACUUAAAGUCAGACCAAGUGUAAUAGAAAAUAAACUAUUAAGAAAAAUUAAAUAAGUUACAGAUUUUAAAGAAGAAGAAGCAUAAUAAAUUCAUGGAGCUAUUAGAGUAAGAAUGUGUAAUACAGAUUCUCAUUAACCUAAUUAACCUUAAUCUUAUAUUGUUGCUUAACUUUCAUCCUUAGAAGCUCAUUAUUUAGAAUCUUUUCUUACUAAAAUUAAUUUAUUUAUGGUUAAACCUUCAUUGUAAAAGAGCAAAGAUAGCACUACAGAUUUAACUGAUUUUGCAGAUAAUACAUAAUAAACAAUAAAUAUGAAGUAUACACAAAUUCCUGUUAGUGAAACCAAAUUUAUGUAAACUAGAUAAGAUUUUACAAGGGCUAAUAUUAAAAGUGUUAGAUCAUUUACAUUAUAGAAAUCUUCUGUCUCUGAUUCAGAUUAACAUGAUGUAUAAUAAGGUGAAAGCAAUGAAAAAUUACCAGAGAGUAUCUAUAAGGUCUCUAUUUUAACUUAAGAUAUUAAAUUGAUUGUAAUUAUCUUAGAAAAAGAAAAAGAUAAAGAAAAACCAAAUGAAUUUCUAUAAAUUCAAGUUAAUUAAAUUAGUGCAGUAUUAACCAUUAAUGAUGAUGAAUAUUUUAUAGAAGGACAUAUUUAAAAAAUUGAAAUUAUUGAUCUUAAGUCAAUAUAAGGAAAUAGACAUAUGUUUUUAGGUUAAAAAAAAUAAAAAGAAAGAAAUAAAACAAAAGAAGAAAAAAACAAAAAAAAUAUUGGAAUCCCUGGUUUAACUAUAUUUUCAAAUAAGUAAUAAAUUGAAAAAUAAAUGGUUUAAUUUAAAUAUUCUAAAUUUAAAAUUCCAUCUAAUAAUGAUGAUGUUUCAGAUGAUCUUCAUUUAAUUGUAAGAGAUUGUUUUAUAGAUUAUUUACAUGCAACUAUUAUUAAAGUUUUAAGUUUAUUUGAAAUUUCCUAGAAGAAAAAAUAGGCGAGUAAGGAGGAGAAUGAAUAAGAUUUAGAACUUAUCACAUAAAAGCUAAAAUCACCUUCAUUUUUUAAAAUUAAAAUCUUACUUGAGAAUCCCAAGAUACUUAUAAAACCAGCAGGAAACAUAAAUGAAUCAUUUGAACUUCAAAUAAAAACAGUGAGUUUUGAGUUGGAUGCAAGUAAGGAAAUGAAUAAAUUUAAUGAAACUUCUAUUAGAGCUAAUAAGAAAUAGAUUCAAGCAGUUUAAAAAUUGGAUUGUUUGUGGUGGUAAAUAAUUGUAGUAUCUGCAGACACAAUGAGAAUAUAGAUAAAAAGUACAGCAGAUUUAUAAUAUAUUUCAAACCCUUUUUCUGGUGUUUUAAGGAUUUAGACACCGAUGUUAGUGAGUGAAUAUGAGAAUUUAUUUCCUAAUAUAGUGCUUAAUAGAACGUAGGAAAUAAGAAUAAAAAUUACAGAUAUUCAACUUAAUAUUUUGAGAAAACACUAUUUAUUUUUAUUAAAGGUUAUGUAAACUUAAUAUGAAAUUUAAAGUUAAAAGACUUAGAGGAAAAAAAGGUAGCAGUAAUAAGGAAAAAAGUAAUAGAAUUAAGUUGCAUUGAUUUUCAAACUUUCAAAGAUUACAAUAAGAUUAAUGGAUGAAUGCAAUUUAUAUCCUUCAUUAGGAUAAUUUUCAAGACCUUUAGUUGAUUUAAGUUUAUUAGACAUAGUAUUUCAAUUUAAAACAAAUUUUUAUUUGUAGGUUUAAGAUUUAAAAAGUACAUACUAUUAAUAUCCUCAAUCUGAUGAUAAUAAUUUAAUAGUGAAAAUAUAAAAUGUAAUAAAUAAAAUAGUUAUGGAAAGGAAAAAGUUAGAAGAAUUUUUGGAUGAAGAUAAUUUGGAAGAGAAAGUGAAAGAAGUUAAAGAGUUGAUUAAUGAAAUGAAAAUGGAAUUUUAUAAUGAAUAACCUGUUAGUAGAUCUGAUACAGAUGAUAAAUUAAAUGAUAAAUUAAAUAUAACAGUAAUUUUAGGAGAAGAAUCUACAGAUGUUAAAAUAAAUAUUGGGGAAUCUAAAUAUUUAAUAAAUGCUUAUUAUUUAAAAACAAUUGCAUUAUUUUUUGAGCCAUCAAAAUUUGAUGAAGAUAUUAAUAGUUAAUAAUCUCCACCAUCAUAAUUGACAGUUUAAACACCAUCAUAUAAAUAAAAAUAGCCUUUAUUAAAUGUGAAUAUUAAAUUACUAAAGACUUUAAUUAUAACACACAAUGAAUCAUUAAAGAAUUGUUUGGUUUUAUAAUUAGAUUCUCUUAUAAAAUUGAAUGAUGAAUUGAAUAAGGAUGCUCAUCAUAAAUAUCAUGAAAAGAAUAAUGAAUAAUAUUCAAAUUAAGGAAAUAUAAAGAAUAGAAAAUUAGAAUUGAGUUUAACAGUUUCAUUUUUUAAUACAAAUUUUGCAGCUUUAUAAAAAAUAUCAAAGUAAACAAAGAAAAAGAUGAUAUUAUAUCCAAUUAAAAUUGAAUUUAUUCGAAAUAAAUUUACUUGUGAAUGCGAUAUAAAUUAUUCAAAUUAUAAGACAGAUGGUUAAAAUGAAUAAAUAUAAAAUAUUAUUGUAUAGGACUUAUUAAAAUUUGAUAAGAUUAGAAUAAAUAUAUCUCAUAAUGACUAUGCUUUAAUUUUUCAAACAAUAAAAUUUUAAUAAGAUUAGAUUAAAUUAUGUGAAUAGUUUUUUUAAGAUGAUUAGGAAUCUUCAGUGAAUGAAUCAAUAACUCGUUAAUUACCUAUAAAAGCAUCUUUAGUAGCAGAAUAAACAAUUUUAAGUCGAUAUGAUACUAAAAGGAAAAGUUAUUUACCAGGGAAAUCCUAAUUGAGUAGAUUAAAAUCAAGUAUUCUCUAAGGAUCGUAAUUGAAAGAUGAAGUAGUCUAAGUAUUUUAUGCAGCAGGAGAUUAAGAUAUGGAAAUAGUAAAAGAAGAAGAGAUUUAAUCAGAAUAAGAAUUCUAAUAGGAAACAGUAAAGCCAUCAGUUACAAUAAGUUAGAUGAAAUUAGAACUAGAUCUUUUAGAGAUUGUGUUAGUAAAUGAUAUAAAUAAAUCAUUUGCACCAUUAUUAUUAUUUAGAUUUAAUAUUCAGAAAUUUUUAUUAGAUCAAAAUUAUAUAAGUAAAGCUCUUUAAUGUAAAUUUUAAAUUGAAUUAAUGUAUUUUAAUCCAGUAGUUAGUAAAAUGGAGCCUAUCAUAGAAUCAUACUCAUCAAAAUUAUUAGUUGUAUAAUAAAAGCAAUAUAUGUAAACUAUUCAUAUUAAUGGUAAUAAAAAACAAAUUUUAGAUAUGAAUUUAUCUACUGAUAUGAUACUUAAUCUAUAUAAAACAUUAACUUAAUGGCAAUAACUUGAUUAAGAUGAUGAAGAGGAAACAUUUAGAAGAAAUGAAUCCAAAAAAAUUACUAGAUUAGCAAGUAUGAAGGGAAUCUCAUUUAAAGAAAAUUAGGAUAAUGUGACUCUCUUCUCUCUUUAUAAUAAAAGUGGUUAUCCUUUAAAAGUAUAAAAGAAUGGUAGUGAUAUUGUAGUAGAGAUAGCCAAUAAUGAUUCUAAAAAUUAUGAAGUACAAUCACAUGAUGAAGAUUAUGCUAAGACUUUUGAAAGUGAUACAAGACUUAUGAUAAAAUUUUUAGAUGUUUAAAUGACUUAAAAUUCAAUAAGCAAUGUACCUAUCAAUUAUGCUGGAGUUAAAAAACUAUAAUGGGAUGAUCAAUAAUAAUAUUAUGUGCUUAGUACUUAAAUUGAAAAUUUACAAAAAGCUAUUACAAUCUAUUCACCCUAUAUGUUUGUUAAUCAAACUGAUUGUGAUUUGUCUAUUAAAUUAUCAUGUAUAAAAAUUACAAAAAACUUUAUACUCAAACCAGGAGAAUAAGCAGCAAUGCCAUAAGAAUUAUAUAAAGAUGAUAGCUUUAUUGUUAUUCAUUUUUAAGAUACUAAAUAUACUAAAUUAACACAACCUAAUGAACCUAUUUUUAUUAAGAGAAUAUUUAAUGAUAUUACUAUUUAAAUACAUCAUUAUCCAUGUUAUACAUUAGCCACUCUUAAUACUACACUGGUUUAGAAUGUAAAAUAUAUUGAAUUUAAACCAGCUUUUAUUUUAUACAAUUUAUUACCUAUUCCUCUUUAAUUUUUGUUUCAUUCAAAUGAAAAUUAAGAAAUUCAAAAACUCAUUAUAAAUCAUUACAAAAAACCAAAUAAUGGUAUGUAAUAUGAAAAACAAUAAUCAGCAUUUUCUAGAGGAAAUUCAUUAUCUCAUUUAUAAAAUGAUUAACAUGAGAAUCUUGUAAGAUCUGUAACAGUUACAGAAUUUAAUUAUACAACAACAAUUAAAGUAGAAGCAGGAUUAAUAGAAUUAGUACCUUAAGGAGAAUUAUAAUUACAUUGGUUAAAGAAUGGAGAUCAUUUAGGUAUUAAUUUACAUGUAUGUGGAUUUGAAUUGACUUAAUAAUAAGAUAUAACAUAAGCUACAUAGUAUGAAUUAAAAGACUCAAUAAAUAGCCAAAGUUGUCAUAUUAAAGUAGAAAAGGAAUAAGUUAAAAAAACAAAAUUAAUUUAUUUUUCAGUUUAAACGUGUAUUAUUAACACUACAAAUUAAAGAUUAAAAUAUUAUACUUUAAAAGAUGGGAAACCCUUAAUUUUGUCUGGUUAAAAUAAAGAACCAAAACCAGAUAAAGAAAGCUUUGAAAGUAACUAUGAUAAAAUAUAAAUUACUGAUACAAUUAAAUAUUUAAUGAUUGGAAUGGAUGAUUGUAUCUCUAAUGAAGUAAAUGUUGGUAUUUUAGGUUCUUUAGGCUUAUAAUUAAAAUAAAAACAAGGAGGUAUGGUUUCAUUAAAUGAAUAUGGUAUUCAUAUUUCUUUAGCAAAUAAUGUAAUUAGAAAAGGAGUUUAUACUAAAGUUAUUGAAAUUAUGCCUAGAUUUGUUGUAAUUAACAAUACAGGAGUUUAAUUAAAUAUUUGUUAAUCAGGAUAUGAAUCAUAACCAAAAAAAUUAAAUCCAAAUGAAAGAUAUCAUUUAAUUUGGCCUGAUUGCAGAUUAGAAAAAUCAAUUAGAAUCUAAAAACAUGGUAAAUACAAUUGGAGUGGAGAUUUAUUUAUAAACGAAAUUAGAAGUACAAAUUUCUUCUCUUCAGGUACUAAUGAAAAUAGUUAAUAAUUGAGUAAUCUCUCAAUUGAAUAAUAAAAGAGUAGAAUAUUUGAAAAAUAAGGAAUUUAUAAGUAAUUCAAUCUAAAAAAAUAUGAUCCUUAAGAAUUUUUAUAAUAUAAAGAAUCAUUGCCAAUAUAAUCUUCAAUACUUUGUUAAUCAAGUUAAGAUUUCUUUAAAGAUUGUAUGUUCUUAACAGCUGAAAUUACAAAAAUCAAAGCAACUAAUUUUAUUUUAUUGGAAUAGUAAAAUGAGGAAAAUCAACUCUACAAAUUGGUAAAUAAAUGUCGUCCUUUUUAAAUACAUUAUGGUUAGGCUUCUUAUAAUAGUUUUUAAGAAUGGAUUUUAGAUUGUGAUUAAACAGUUCCAUUUUCAUGGGAAUAACCAAGUCAUUCUUUCAAACUAAGAGUUAAAUUUGUUCAUAAUCAAAAAGUUGAACAUGUUGUGAUAAUAGAUUUUUAAUAAUAAGAAAGUCUUUAGGAGAUUAAUUUUUCUAAUCAUUUCAUUUGGAUUAAGUCUGAAUUUUAAGGACAAACUAGAGUAAUUACAUUUUAAUAAGCAAUCGAAACCAUGAGGAAUACGUAAACAUCUCAUAAAAGAGAAAUGGAAGAUGUUCAAAAAUUAAUUAAAUUAUACAUAUCUAAGUUGGGUAUUUCCAUAAUCACAAAAAGAUAAAACAUGCUAUUAGAAGCAAACUAUAUAUUUGUAAGUGGAAUAGAAUUAGGAAUCAUGAAGACUGAAAAUGAAACUACAGCAUAAUUGAGAGUUAAGUUUUUCAAUAUUGAUAACAAUACAUCCUUGGAUACAACUACUCCUGUCUUAAUGACUUUAAGAAGAUACUAUUAAGUUACUCAUGAAAGAAAUUAUUAUUUCUUAGAGGCUAGUUGUUCUUUCGAACAUCAGGUCAAAGCCAUUUUGUUAUAUAACUCCAUUAAAAUAUAUAUUUAACCAUUUUAAUUGUAAUUUGAUGAAGAAUAUAUUCAGGUUGUCCUUGAAACAAUAAAAUAAGUUAAAUAAUGUCUUUAAAAUCAAUUUGAAUUUGAAUAUAAUGGAUCACCACACUCUAUAAAAUCUUUAUGUUUCUAAACUCCUUAAUAAAGACAUUAUUAUUUAGAAUCAAUGUUUUAAUAAAAUUCAUCUAACCCUUGUAUUGUAUGGAAAUCAUUAGAGAUUAAAAGAUCAAAGAAAUAAGUAUAUAUAAAAGAAUUUGUUCUUUCAAAAAUAGAUUUGAGAUUCUCAUUUCAUAAAAGAUUUAGGACAAGUAUUUAAUAUGAUGAAAAUGUAUUUAAUCUUUUUUCUACAGCUAUUGGUGCUACAGUCUAAAAUUUUAAUGAAGCAGAAAUUAUACUUGAUUGUUUUAGAUUAAGAUCAGUAUAUGAUUCAAAGGAAAUAGUUUUAUAAUCUAUUUAAGAUCAUUAUAAGAGUGAAAUUAUAAGAGCAAUUUUAAAAAUUAUUGGUUCGAUUGAAAUUAUUGGUAAUCCAGUUAAAUUUGUUUAAUAAAUUACAAAUGGUGUUGUUGAUUUUGUAGAAAUGCCUAUAUAAGGUUUAAGACAUGGUCCAUUAGAAUUUGGAGUAGGAUUAUGUAAAGGAACAGGAUCUCUUUUAAAAAAUACAGUAGCAGGUGCUUUUUAUUCUGUUAAUAAAGUGACUGGAUCUAUAAGUGCUAGUGUUUCACUAUUAACAAUGGAUGAUGAUUAUUUAGAAAAAAGAAGGGUAUUUAUGUUGAAAAGACCUGAUCAUGUAUUAGAUGGAUUAUCAUAAGCAGGCCAUUGUCUUUAUAAUGGUUUUUCAAAUGGAAUUACAGGUGUAGUUACAUAACCAUAUGAAGAAACUCAAAAGAAUGGAUUUAAAGGAUUUGUUAAGGGUACUCUAAAAGGUUUAUCUGGAUUAGUUGUUAAACCUAUUGCUGGAGUUUUAGAUGCUAGUGCUAAAGCAGCAGAAGGUGUUGUUUCUACUGCUACACAUUUUGAUGAUAAACCAAAUGAUACUAGAAUUAGAUUCCCAAGAAUAUUUUAUGAAAAAUCUAAAUAUUUUUAAAAAUAUAUUUCUUUAGAUGCUCAAGUUGUUAAUUUCCUUGUUAGUUUCAUGAAUGGAAAAUUUAAGGAUAUAGAAAUUAUUACCUGCUUUUAAUUAAAAGAAACUGAAACUUAACUUAAUAAUAUGUAAAGAUAAAUCUUAUCAGCUACUAAAUCAAUCCAUGAGUGUUUUAAAUGUACUUCUAAAAUACUCAUAUUAUCAUAUUAAUAUAUUUUAGUUCUUGAAAACAUGACACUUGUUUAAGAAAUUUUAACUAAAGAAAUUGUAGAAAUAUCUGAACCAAUCAAUGGAUAUCUUAGACUCUCUACUGAAUUCAAACCUAAUAUUGAAAUUAACAUACUCUUAGAUCAAAUUGAAUUGAAAAAAGCGACAUCAUUACUAGAUUACUUACAUUAAUAAGUUAAAAGUUAAUAUGAUUGA